AUGUACCUCGUUCUCUACCACCUAGUCACCCGUCUCCCUGACUCUCUUCGCGCAGUCAGGGACCACUUUCUCGCCCUCUGCCCUACCGAGCUCACCAUUGACCUGCUCGAGAAGCAUCUGCUUGCAGCUGAGGCUAGUAUAGUUGCUGUAGGUGCCUCUUGUGGCGACCCCCGCACACCCUUCUUUGACGGGUGUUCCGCUUCCCCCCUUCCCCCCUCUGUCGCCUCUGCUGCCGCUAUCGAUUUCCUCGGUGCUGAGGAAGUCGGAGCUGCGUCUGCUCCUAGCUGGAGGCGCAAGAGCGGCAAGGGCAAGGGGGGCAAGGGUGGUGGCGGUACCAGCGGGGGAGGCGGAGGUGGCGGUGGGGGUGGAGGCGGUGGGAGCGGUGCGGGUGGUAGCGGUGGUGGGGGUGGUGGCGGGGCUGGGGGGGUCGGUGGCAGCGGCGGGGGUGGUGGCGGCAGUGGUGGUGGAGGAGGCCGGGAUGGAGGUGGUGGUGGUGGCGGCAGUGGGCGUGGUGGCGGUGGCUCGGGUGGUGGUCGGGGUGGCGCAGCGCAGCGUGGAGGCUCGGGUGGUGCCCAGCGCCAGCAGCAGCGUCCUAGAGAGACCCCGUCGUCCCAGCAGCUUCGUGAGUGGUACUCUCAGCAUGGGGGGUCUGGGGGUGGAGGCACCUGCACGUAUGUCAUCCGCACCGGUGACCGCGCUGGUCAGACGUGUGGGCGAUUCCACACGUCGCACCGCUGCUUCUCGCGUCUCGACGACGCCUGGCGUGCACAGUUCCUUGAGGCCUCUGAGCUGCCCCGCUGGGCUGAUCUGCUUAAAAAGAGCAUUGAUACCCAGGCAUUGCGACCAGUGAGGCUGCCGCUCUAG